AUGGUCGCCUUUGACAAGUGUGAAACUCGGCCCGCCCACAUUGAGGCUAUCCUCAGUGGCCUCGACCGCUACAACCCCGAGACCACCACCGUGUUCCAGGACUAUGUGGCCCAGCAGUGCGAGGACCGGUCAUUCGACUGCUACGCCAACCUGGCCCUCCUGAAGCUCUUCCAAUUCAACCCUCACCUCCUCCAAGCCGACACCGUGACCAACAUCCUGGCCAAGGCCCUGACCGUCUUCCCCUCCGCGGCCUUUUCGCUCUGCCUCGCCCUCCUCCCAACAAACACCCAGCCCUUCCCCACCACCAGCGAAGCCCAAGCCGCCAGCCAGACCUCCGACUUUGUCGAGUCCGUGCAGAAGCUCACCCGCCUCAACACCCUCCUUGAGUCCGCCCAGUACGCCCAGUUCUGGUCGACCCUCAACUCCGAUGACCUCUACGCCGAUCUGACCGCCGACGUCGCCGGCUUCGAGGAGCUCGUCCGCAUCCGCAUCGCUGUCGAGGUCGGCAAGACCUUCCGCUCCAUCACGGCCGAGAACCUCGAGUCCUGGCUCGACAUGCGCCGCGACGCUCUGGACAAGUUCGUCGCCGACGUCUGCGGCUGGAAGGUCGAUGGCGCCACCGUCCACGUCCCCACCAACAAGGAGAACGAGGCCCGCUCCGAGGUCAAGAGCGAACGCGUCGGCGUCGAGCAGUUCGGUCGUGUUAUCCGUCGUGGCUUUGAGCAGCCCGCUUAA